AUGGGUUUUAAUUUUAGAGCCAAUACCCAAGAAUGUCAGAACAAUCAGGAACAUAAAAAUCAAGGACCAAAUCCAACUGACAAUAAUAGCUGUGGCAUGGAAAUUAGAAGGACAGAAGAUGAAAAUCUCAUUCAGGGCGUCGCUAAUAGAAAACAAAAGUACCAAAAAACAAUUAAGUCUAGAGUUCUGGCCAUUCAGGAAUUGUGCGGAGAUGAUCACAUUAUUCUAUCUAGUAUUAUAGAGACAGGAACUACCAAUCGGAACUCGUGCGAUAAAGACAGUAACUCAAGAAAUAAUUCCACCUUGCACGAAUUGCCACCUAACCAUGAUAAUUACUGCUUUUGGCUUGAAGUUCCUGAUGGUGUUAUUUAUCUUUGGUCUCGCUUAGAUGAUAACCUAGUACGUGGAGGAGAUAAUAUAAAAGCAGCUUUAAAAAAUUAUCUUUUUCAUCAGAAAAAUCUUCGUUAUGUCAAUGAGAAUAGUCUUGAAUUGAUCCCAUUGGAUGAAUAUGAUGAAGAAGCUGAAGAAUGGGUAAAAUCACCCGAGGCUUAUGUUAAUAUUGAUGUAACUAAGUUAUCACUAAAGCAUGAAUCGAAAAUGAAUGGAAAAAAGAAGCAACAAAAAAAAAAAUAA